GUAUCUAAAGUCUAGGUCACCUUUGCUGUCUCGUCUGCAUGCUGUAUUCACCUUUCAGAGCCACGACAAACCAAAAACGGAUCUACACACAGGAAGCUGAAUUGUCCCAUGUUCAUGGAGAGAAGAGGAGCUCAGGGAAACAGGCCUGCCAGGAUUUCACAGGCCUUCUGGGGUCCAGGAUCCAGGCAUCAGAAGCACAGCCAAUGGGUUAUUUCAGGUUAUUUGGCCUUGGACAAGUGGGCUUCAGCUGCAUCAUCAGGUCUAGGGAAGGAGGCAAUGGUAAAACCAACUCUGCUCAAGCCUGGAAGGUGAAGCCUACAGGUGUGGCAACCACCUUGCAGCCAUGACAUGGCUGUCUGAGGACACCAAAGAACACCAGAGACAAAAGAAAGAGCUGGAGCCCCUGCCGCCAUGGCUGAGAACUUUGUGCAAUACAGCAGCUGCCCAUCUCCAGGCUUCUUGUAAGGUGGGAAAACCAACUUCAUUCAUCCAUGCUUAUGCUGCUAGUUACCAGGUUCUCUGUAACUUGCGGCAGAAAGCAAUUUUCACUGACUGAUACAAUGAGCAAUUACUUUUAAAAUUAGGAUGCUUAAAACUUACAAACACUAACUGGAA